CUCAAGAUUGUUUUGAUCACGCGGACUGGGAUAUGUUCCAGGUAGCCUCUGAGAAUAAUAUAGGUGAACACAUAGAUACGGUGACUGAGUUUAUCAGGAAAUGUAUAGGAGAUGUUGUACCCACUGUGACUAUUAAAACCUACCCAAACCAGAAACCGUGGCUAGAUAGCAGCAAACGAGCAAAACUGAAAGCGUGAACCACCACAUUUAACCAUGGCAAGGUAACUGGGAAUAUGGCAGAAUAUAGACAAUGUAGCUAUUCCCUCCUUAAAGGUAAUCAAAAAGGGAAAACCUCAGUACAGAGACAAAGUGGAAUCGCAAUUCAAUGGCUCAGACACGAGACGUAUGUGGCAGGGUCUACAGACAAUCACGGACUACAAAGGGAAAACCAGCCACCGCAGACAGUGACCUCUUUCUUUCGGAUAAGCUAAACACCUUUUUCGCCCUCUUUGUUGAUAACACAGUGCCACCAACAUAGCCAGCUACCACAGACUGUGGUCUCUCCUUCUCCGUGGUCGAUGAGCUGGCCAAACACUUUGAUAAAAGUGACCCUGGCUACGAGGUAGUGGAGGAUGCCAUCAUCACCAUGACAGCCGUGGCCUGGUACAUCAACGAUAUGAAGAGGAAGCAGGACCAUGCCGUCAGGCUGCAGGAGGUUGAGAGCUUGUUGACCAACUGGACAGGUCCAGACCUGAGUGGCUUUGGGGAGCUGGUGUUGGAGGGCGCCUUCAGGGUUCAACGGGUCAAGAAGGAGAGGGCAUUCUUCCUCUUCGACAAGAUGCUGCUUAUCGCUAAAAAGAGGCUGGAGCAUUUCAUCUACAGCACCCACAUAUUUUGCUGUAACCUUCUUCUCGUAGAAACCAUGAAGGACCCCCUGUGUUUUAAGGUGUCCGAUCAGACCAUCCCCAAACAGCAGCACAUUGUACAGACCAAAAACCAGGAGGAGAAACGCCUUUGGCUGCACUACCUCAAGAGGCUGAUAGUGGAGAACCAUCUUGCCUCUCUACCCCAGAAGGCAAGGCAGGUACUCGGUGACAACUUCUGUCAAUCUCCUCAGUUUGAUCAGGAUCGGUUAAAAAAAUCAUCUCCAAGAUGCGAUGAAUACCAUCGAGGCAGACGCCAAUCAGAGCCCCCAGAGUUCAUCUACACCCCAGAGAAGGCCAAGAAGAGCCUUCCCCUGCUGCUGGAGGGGAACCUGUCCUAUCGCCGUGGCAGGAGGCAGUCUGCUCCAACUAAAGACUUGGAAACAGCAUAUCAUGGUGAGAAUUUUCUUAAAGGAUUCUUGUUUAUCUUGUUUCCUUGUAGUGCUUCAGUCUGUCAGGGCUGAAAGAUUUGGUACGUUUUUAAUGGAAAGUAAACACACCCUUGUUUGUUUCCCCAACCAUUCCUAUCUUCUCAUGACAUCCAGUCUCUUCAAAGGCUGGCAGCGAGGGGGAGCUGUGUCCUGGGGCAGAUAGCCUGGGAUUCUCAGGCAGCACCAACACCCUGGCCUCCUCUGUGAUGGAGGUGGAGGCUGAGGCAGAGCGUCCGGACCCCUGCCUGGGCCUGGAAGAAGAGGACCUACCCCCCCUGAGCGCCCCACCCACCCUCUCCAUCACCGAGGAGAUCAUGCAGUUCAUUAACCAGAGCCGCGUGCGAGAGGGCAUGGCCGAACUCAAGCCUGACAUAGUAUGGGAUUCACCCCUGGAUGAGUCUCUGGAGGACCCAGCAACUGAGCCACAUCCAUGUCCACUUGCUCAGCAAGGAAAUUACCUGCUGCUUGCUUCCCCUACGGAGGAGACUUACGAGUCACAAGACCCCGAUCCCAAUAGUCCAGAGGAGAUAACAGUGCAACUGGAGGGGAGCAGAACCAAAAUGGAAGACCAAACUCUUCCACCAUGUCUGUCCAGGGAAUCCUCAGAGGAGGGUGGUUGUGAAGAGGGAGAGUCAACACCUUUGCCAGCUGAUGUCAUAGAGGAGAGGCCUCAGGAGGAGAGCACAUCAGCCAAAGAAACCGGGACAGUUGGGGAAAGAAAUGCAUCCGAGGUGGAGGACGAUCAAACGUUCAAAACCUCGACGCCACUCUCUCCUGUAAACCUCCCAGACGAAGAGAGAGGGAGAAGGAACUCUGCUCUGACCUCCCCAACGAGGACAAGCCCCCAGAAGCUCCUCUCUCUGUCCCAGAGCACACUGUACAGAGCCCUCUGGCGCACAAGAAAGAGACCCAGCUCACCAAGUCAGACAGGCAGAUCAUCGAGAAGAUCCGCAGCUACUACGAGGCGGCUGAGGCCGAGGCAGGAGAAGCAGGAGAAAGUGACAGCAGCCCCACCGCCAGGAGAAACAGCUUCUCCCUCAUCAUCCCCACCGGCCUGGUCAAAGACUCCGUGUCCCACUUUGCUGUCUUUGGCCACCAGGACAGCCUGUGUGACUCGGAGAGCGGGCGCUCCGAUGGGGGGGCAGAACCAGAGCCUGAGUCAGAGCUCCCCUCUCCUCUUCCGUCAGUUCCUGACCAGGGAGAGGGAGCCCUCAGCCCAGAUUGUUCCUCCACUUCUGCUGCUGGUUCCCAGGAAGACCACAGCCAGGCACCAGGUCAGGGUGAGCCUGCUCUGGAAAAAUGUAGCAGGUUUGAGCCAGGGAGUGAGCUGCCCUGCACAGAGCUGAUGAAGGAUUGGAAAGAGAAGGAGAAAGUAGGAGCCCCUGUUAGCACAGAGAGGGAAAUCAUACCAAACCUGUCAACAGACAUCACCAAAGAGCCCUCAUUCAG